AUGACUACCUUAAACCACACUGGUGUUAGCCACACAGUCUUCUGUUUGCUGGGCAUCCCCGGCCUUGAGGAUCAGCACAUGUGGAUUUCCAUCCUAUUCUUCAUUUCCUAUGUCUCUACCCUAUUUGGAAACAGUCUGCUCAUCAGCAUUAUCCUCACGAAGCGCAGCCUCCACGAGCCCAUGUACCUCCUCCUCUGCAUGCUGGCCGGAGCAGACCUUGUCCUCUCCACGUGCACAGUACCUCAGGCCUUGGCCAUCUUCUGGUUCCGUGCUGGGGAGAUCUCCCUGGAUCGCUGCAUCACUCAGCUUUUCUUCAUCCAUUCCACCUUCAUCUCUGAGUCAGGGAUCUUGCUGGUGAUGGCAUUUGACCGCUACAUUGCCAUAUGCUACCCACUGAGAUACACCACUAUUCUUACACACGCACUGAUUGGAAAAGCUGGUGUGACUAUCUUUCUGAGAAGCUAUGGCACAAUUUUCCCCAUAGUAUUUAUUUUGAAAAGAUUGACUUUCUGCCAGAAUAAUAUUAUUCCACACACCUUUUGUGAGCAUAUUGGCAAAUGUAAUGACAUUCGAGUGAACAUCUGGUAUGUGUUUUCUAUCCUAAUGUUCACAGUGGUUUUAGAUGUUACGCUAAUUUUUGUUUCCUACGUGCUGAUUCUCCAUGCUGUCUUUCACAUCCCAUCCCAAGAUGCGCGUCAGAAGGCUCUCAACACUUGUGGCUCCCACGUCUGCAUCAUUAUCCUGUUUUAUGGGCCUGCAAUCUUCACAACCUUUACUCAGAGGUUUGGACGCCAUGUUCCACCUCAUAUCCACAUCUUGUUGGCUAAUGUCUGCAUUCUGGCUCCACCUAUGCUGAAUCCCAUCAUUUACGGGAUCAAGACCAAAGAAAUCCGAGAGCAGGUGGCUCACAUGCUGUUUAUAAAGCAGAAAUAA